AUGGAGCCUGGACGUGGAGGCCCUUCUGUGCUGCCCUUCUGGCCCCGACCUAGGCGGCAGCCCGCCUUGUGGCCCACCCUGGCCGCUCUGGCCCUACUGAGCAGCGUCGCCGAGGGCCAGGCCUCCCUGGGCCCCGCGCCCCGCGGCCCGGUCCCCCGCGAAGGCCCCGCGCCGGCCCCGGCGCCCCCCGCGGGCCCCCUGCCUGGGGGCCGCGCGGCCGGUCUGUGCGGCGGAAGAGCCCGGCGGCCGCCGCGGCCCGCGCCCCCGCCGCCCGCGCCCGCGCCCUCGCCUGCCGCCCCCCGCGGGGCCCGCGCGGUGCGGGCUGGGGGCCGGGGCGGCCGCGGGAGCCGGGGGAGCCGCGCGCGGGCCGCGGGGGCGCGGGGCUGCCGCCUGCGCUCGCAGCUGGUGCCGGUGCGCGCGCUCGGCCUGGGCCACCGCUCCGACGAGCUGGUGCGUUUCCGCUUCUGCAGCGGCUCCUGCCGCCGCGCGCGCUCCCCGCACGACCUCAGCCUUGCCAGCCUGCUGGGCGCCGGCGCCCUGCGGCCGCCCCCCGGCUCGCGGCCCGUCAGCCAGCCCUGCUGCCGACCCACGCGCUACGAGGCCGUCUCCUUCAUGGACGUCAACAGCACCUGGAGGACCGUGGACCGCCUCUCGGCCACAGCCUGCGGCUGUCUGGGCUGA